CAGCGGGGAGUUGGGGCUUCCCCCUGCCCAUCCCUGGCCUCCGGCCCGGGACUGAAGCCACUUGAGCGAGCAGAGAGUCGUCACCUUGUCUUCGGUGCCUUCAGGGAGCGGUGGAGAAGGACAAGUAGGAUAACAGAAGUGAAAGAGGUUUUGUCUCCUUAGAAGAAAAGCUGAGAAACUAAAGAGUGACCAGUGGUUGGACUCUUGGCGGCGCUUACCCUGAACCUGAGUGUUAGGGGAGAGGGAAUCUGCCGUUGCGGUUUCUGGAGCUGCUCAUAAGCAAGAAUUCCCUAUCCUGAUCAAGGCUUUAAGCCUAAAAGAAAGCAGAAAUAGGUCAAGGGCAGCCCAGGUGCCCAAUUUCUCUCUCUCUUCACAAGGCACCACCAGCAAUAGAGAUGAGAAAUUCUGAAGAACAGCCAAGUGGAGGAACCACAGUGUUGCAGCGUCUGCUACAAGAGCAGCUUCGCUAUGGCAAUCCUAAUGAGAAUCGCAACCUGCUUGCCAUACACCAGCAAGCCACAGGGAAUGGCCCUCCUUUCCCCAGUAGCAGUGGGAAUCCAGGCCCUCAGAAUGAUGUGUUGAGUCCCCAAGACCACCACCAACAGCUUGUGGCUCAUGCUGCUCGACAAGAACCCCAGGGGCAGGAAAUCCAGGCAGAAAACAUCAUCAUGGAGAAGCAGCUGUCCCCUAGAAUGCAGAAUAACGAAGAACUCCCAACUUAUGAAGAAGCCAAGGUCCAAUCCCAGUACUUUCGGGGCCAACAGCAUGCCAGUGUUGGAGCUGCCUUCUAUGUCACUGGAGUCACCAACCAGAAGAUGAGGACCGAGGGACGCCCAUCGGUGCAGCGGCUCAAUCCUGGGAAGAUGCACCAGGAUGAAGGACUCAGAGACCUUAAGCAAGGACAUGUCCGCUCCUUAAGUGAACGACUAAUGCAGAUGUCACUGGCCACCAGUGGAGUUAAGGCCCAUCCACCUGUCACCAGCGCUCCCCUCUCCCCACCACAACCCAGUGACCUCUACAAGACUCCCACAAGUUCCAGUGAAUUCUACAAGGCCCAGGGGCCACCUCCCAGCCAGCAUAGCCUGAAGGGCAUGGAACACCGAGGCCCCCCACCAGAGUAUCCCUUCAAGGGCAUGCCACCCCAGUCUGUAGUGUGCAAGCCCCAAGAGCCAGGGCACUUCUAUAGUGAGCAUCGUCUGAACCAGCCAGGGAGAACAGAGGGGCAACUGAUGAGGUAUCAGCAUCCCCCUGAGUAUGGAGCAGCCAGGCCAGCGCAGGACAUCUCAUUGCCACUGUCGGCCCGGAGCUCACGGCCUCACAGUCCUACUUCUUCCCUCACGUCUGGGGGUUCCUUGUCCUUGCUGCAGUCUCCGCCAGCCACGAGAUUGUCUCCUGCCCAACACCCCUUGGUGCCAAGCCAAGGAGACCACUCAGCUCACCUGCCUAGGCCGCAGCAGCAUUUCCUCCCGACCCCGGCUCACCAGAGCGAUCAUUACCGGCCACCUCAGCCCGGCCUGAGCCCGCCGCAGCCGCACCACCACCACCACCACCAGCAGCCCCAGCCGGGUGAAGCCUAUUCAGCUAUGCCCCGGGCUCAGCAGUCCUCCGCUUCCUAUCAGCCAAUGCCAGCGGACCCAUUUGCCAUUGUUUCCAGAGCCCAGCAGAUGGUUGAGAUCCUGUCGGAUGAGAACCGGAACUUGCGGCAGGAACUGGAAGGAUGCUAUGAGAAGGUGGCGAGACUGCAGAAGGUGGAGACAGAAAUCCAGCGUGUCUCAGAGGCAUAUGAGAACCUUGUAAAAUCAUCCUCCAAAAGAGAGGCCCUGGAGAAAGCCAUGAGAAACAAGCUUGAGGGUGAAAUUCGAAGGAUGCAUGACUUCAACAGGGAUCUGAGAGAGCGUCUAGAGACUGCCAACAAGCAGCUUGCGGAGAAGGAAUAUGAGGGAUCAGAGGAUACCAGAAAAACCAUCUCUCAGCUCUUUGCAAAAAAUAAGGAAAGCCAGAGGGAGAAGGAGAAGCUGGAGGCCGAGCUGGCCACUGCCCGUUCUACCAAUGAGGACCAACGGCGACACAUCGAAAUCCGAGACCAGGCCCUGAGCAACGCCCAGGCCAAGGUGGUCAAGCUGGAAGAAGAGCUGAAAAAGAAGCAGGUGUAUGUGGAUAAGGUGGAGAAGAUGCAGCAAGCCCUUGUACAGCUCCAGGCAGCAUGUGAAAAACGUGAGCAGUUGGAGCAUCGUCUCCGGACACGGCUAGAGAGGGAACUGGAGUCCCUCAGGAUUCAGCAGCGCCAGGGCAACUCUCAGCCCACCAACGUUUCCGAAUACAAUGCCACGGCGUUGAUGGAGCUCCUCCGUGAGAAGGAGGAGAGGAUCCUGGCCCUGGAAGCCGAUAUGACUAAGUGGGAGCAGAAGUAUUUGGAGGAGAAUGUGAUGAGACAUUUCGCUCUAGAUGCUGCCGCGACUGUAGCUGCUCAGAGGGACACAACAGUAAUCAGCCACUCUCCCAACACCAGCUAUGACACGGCCCUGGAAGCUCGCAUCCAGAAAGAGGAGGAAGAAAUCUUGAUGGCCAACAAGCGCUGCCUUGACAUGGAGGGCAGGAUUAAGACCCUCCAUGCCCAGAUCAUUGAGAAGGAUGCCAUGAUCAAAGUACUCCAGCAGCGUUCCCGGAAGGAGCCGAGUAAGACAGAGCAGCUGUCAUCCAUGCGACCCGCAAAGUCUCUGAUGUCCAUUUCCAACGCCGGGUCAGGCUUGCUCUCACAUUCUUCCGCCCUGACCGGCACCCCCAUCAUGGAGGAGAAGCGGGAUGACAAGAAUUGGAAGGGGAGCCUAGGUAUUCUCCUGGGUGGAGACUACCGCGCUGAGUCUGUCCCUUCCACACCGUCGCCGGUGCCGCCGGCCACUCCCCUGCUCUCGGCUCACUCCAAGACAGGCAGCCGAGACUGCAGCACCCAAACGGAACGGGGAACCGAACCGAGCAAAACCGCAGCUGUCGCUCCAGUGUCGGUUCCCGGGCCGGCCGCUGCCGCCGCCAUCACUGCCAACGCUGCCGCCAACAGCGCCGCCGCUGCCACCAACAGCACCACCAUGGGAGCCGCCGCUCCAGCUGCCGCCGCCGCCGCCGCCCCGUCUCCGGCAACUGCUGCUGCUGCUGCUGCUCUCGCUGCUGCCGUUUCUCCAGCCGCCGCUGCUCAGCUUCCAGCCGCGGCCUCUGCCGUUGCCGCGGCGGCGGCAGCGGCUGUUGCUCCCGCCGCGGCUGUUCAGGUUGCUCCGGCUGCUCCGGCUCCGGCUCCGGCUCCGGCUCCGGCUCCGGCUCCGACAGCGUCUCAGGCUUCUGAUCCGGCUCAGACUCAAGCGCCAAGUCCAGCUCCGGCUGCGGCUGCUCCUCCAGCUCCAGCUCCAGCUCCGGCUGUGGCUCCGGCUGAGGCUUCUGCAAGUCCAGCUGCCGGUUCUGGGUCGCGUCGUUUGUCUGUACCAAGUUUGACCUGCAGUCCGGAUAAGACAGAUGGCCCUGUUUUCCACUCCAAUACUCUGGAAAGAAAAGCUCCCAUUCAGAUCCUGGGACAAGAGCCUGAUGCGGAGAUGGUGGAAUAUCUCAUCUAAACGGCGUGUUCGAGAGCUGCAGUUUAUCAGCGAGAGUGCUUUUAAUCAU